GGCUUUUUACUUUGUCUACUAUUUCUUUCUCUCUUCAUUCUUCUUACUAUCCGGUACAACAUAUACGUAUUCUUUAAUUGUUUUGUCGGCGAGUACGAUAUACAUACAUUUUUCAUUCUCAAGCGCCAGUCGCCAUUAUUCUAUUCUGUUUUUUUAAAUUUUAAAAGCAAAUUCAUACAGUGGUUCUCUAACUUCAUAACAAAUCAUUCUUUCAAAAUGCAUUUCAUACAGCCUCUCCUCGUUUCCGCCCUGAGCAUCAGCACUGUCUAUGCUGCAACAAACACAACCGGCUCUCAAACCCAUAUAGUCCGCGUCGGCCAGGCCAACAAUAGCACUGCACUUAGAUAUUUCCCCGACAACAUUUCCGCCAAAGUAGGCGAUACAAUCCAAUUUCAAUUCGCGGCCGGAAACCACACCGUCACCCAAUCCACUUUCGACGCACCUUGCGUUCCAAUUAGCCAAAGCUCAAAUAACACUGGCGUUUUCAGUGGCUAUAUGAGUGUAGCUGCUGGAUUGAAUAGUACGGGUAUGGUACCAGUAUUCAGCAUGCCUGUCAAAGUCGCCACACCGUUGUGGUUUUAUUGUAGUCAAGGAAAGCAUUGUCAAAAUGGGAUGGUUUUGGUAGUCAAUGAGAACACUGCAGCAAACUCAACCCGCUCGCUCGCAAAUUACGCAGGAUUAGCAGCAAAAGCCACACAAAAUCUUGCCCCUACAAUUGAUGGUACUUCGUCUUCCUCUUCUUCCACUUCCUCGACUUCCAAUUCAGGCUCUUCGGGAUCAACGGGCUCCUCGUCUGGUUCCUCGUCCGGCUCUUCAGGCUCAGACUCCUCAUCUACGGCAACAACACUCUCUCCAGCCUCAGGUACAUCGUCAAGUAACAGCGGAGAUUCAUCUGCAGCUGCAGCUGCAUCCGGAACAGCUACAUCCAGCACGUCUCUUGCGGCCGCUACUGCGAAUGCUGGAAAUAAAUUUGGAGCGCAGAAUGUGAUGGGCUAUAUGGGUGCGCUUGGAGCUGGUGUAAUGGUUUUGUUGUGAGAGGUUGAUCGAUAAGUUGAAUGCUGGAUGAUGAAAGAGAAAUGUUCGAAAGAUGGGAGAAAAGUAGGCUUGGUGGAAAUAAUGCGGACGAGAAAGAGUAUGAUGAUUUGUUAAUGUAUCACUAUGCAUAUAUGCAUUAUACCGCGAUCCUGUGGACGGGACGCGAUGAUGGCGUAUGGAGAGUUGUUCUCUACUUUUGUUUGUUUAUUUCGCUGGAUGAUAAAGCGAUGUAUCAUGAUGAGAUAGAAUAGAUGAUGUCUCUCA